UAUACGCAUGGGUUCAAAUGUACAUGGGUUCAAAUGUACGGUCACCGUGAAAGAUACCCUCCUUAUUAAAAAAAAUAUUUUUGUAGUGAAAAUGAUAAAACUUUGUAUAAAAAAAUUUGGUGGAAAUACUUACUGUUGUUGCCCUUUCUCUUCCCAGUCUAGGUUUUAGCCCCAUGCCUUCUCUCAGAGUGUAAAAAUUGGGAAAUGCUGCACGGGAGAGAUUCCUGUCACUUACAAAAACAGUUUUUUUUGUAGUAAAAGCUAAAAACAAAAUAAUUUGGUGUAAAUUUAUACUAGAUGCUGUCGUUUCUUUUCCCAGCCUAGAUAGCAGUAGGUUUAAGCCUUAACCCGGGUUGACAAUGCUGAAUGAAAGGAAUUUCUGUCUAUUAGAAAAUAGUAACUCCUUUCAUAUGAUUCACUGCUUUUACGGAGCUUUUGCUCGGUGUUAAAGUUUGAAACGGGCGUACAAUAAUUUUUUUUUCAAUUCUUCGUGCUCCAGAAGUGUGUGUGCCAAUAUGGAGGUUAUCAUCCUACUUUACAUCAAGUUGUGUAAAGGGACUGAAACGAAUGGGCAGGGGUAUAUUCACUUGGCUAACACAGACAGUCCCCGAAAUCAUAGUAGAACAAAAAUAAGGAAUAUUGAAAUAAAAUUAUGGCCUAACGCUAACCUGUUACAUAUACUACGGGAGUACAAAAUUCUUUACUUAUUGCUUUUUCUUUUUCCAGUCUAAUUAAACUAGCUAAAUAGUAGUUGCUUUAAUAUGCCUCGGCGAAAAGGAAGGAAAAAUCCCACUCCGAAGAAAGUGAAAAAGAGCAAAGAUAAAGAUGAACAGGAUUACGAAGAACCCAUGGAUGUAGAUCAAGAUUCAGAAACUCAAGAAAAUAAAAAUAUUGCGCAAGAACCAACUAAAAUUGCGCUACGUUCAACCAAUGUUGCGCGAUCUUCUAAAAAUGAUCCUUCGGAUGUAACAAAUAACUUGACAAGUGGAUCAGAGCAUGACGAAAAAUCUUUAUCACAAUAUGAACCCCUAGAUAAAGUCAUGCAGGAUUUCUCUUCUCUACCUAGCGAUCAUAUCGAACUGAUGAAUUUGCUGAGCCAUAUGCCUCCAGAAUCACUCUAUAAAAAAGAUGAUAUUGAAGUCAUCAAUCCGUCUGAAACGCAAGUCAGUGAAAAAAAAUAUGUCUGUCCAAAAUGUGGGAAAGAAUACCCCACAAAAAGUGGCAUUCGGUACCAUAUAAUGCAAGCUUGCCCAAAUUAUUGCAACAAGGCCUUUUCUUGUUUAGUAUGUCUCGAUAAAUUUCGUCGACGGAAAGAUGUUUUGAAUCAUAUUGCCACUGUGCAUGCGUCAGCCAGUACUGCGUAUAACACUCGGAAAUCAAGGCCUGAGUUUUCCUAUGCAGAAGAGAUUUCAGUUAGUACAGAAGAAGACUCUGUACCAUUCACACCAGAAAUGGAGAGCAUUUCAACCCCAAAAUCCUCCAAAAGCUCCAAAAAAACUGUUUCUGGUGAUAGCAAGACAACUUUUGCGAAUUUAGAUAGACCAUUACAUGAAGUAAUGCCGUGGCUUUAUAAUGUAUUAAAGACGAUCCAAGAUCAGUUUAAAAUUGUCCAUUCUGAACUACUUAGCAAUGAAUUGGUAUCCGAUCUGAAUUUUGAUUUUUCUGGGAUGCAGCGUUCCUCUCCAUUUUUUAUAAAGCGGGAAAAUAAACCUGGUUUUAAUACCGAGUGUGAAGGAUUAGAUUUGUUUUCUGCUGUUCAAGCAACGAAAGAUUGUUUAGAUAUGACUUUUAAUGUCGGCGGACCAGUAUGGGCGAUGUCAUGGUGUCCAGAAACUUUGACGAACACAAAUUCGAAACAAUAUUUAGCGUUAGCUACUCACGCCGGUCUUCAUUCACCAGAAUCAGUUUAUUCUGAGCCAGGGAUGAUUCAAAUAUGGAAUUGUGGGGUUUUGGGGUUACAUGAACACCAAAAUAUGACCCCUACUAUUGUUUAUGGGUUUACCACAAAUGAGGCCCCUAUUUGGGAUCUAAAAUGGUGUCCUGUGGGGGGAAAAGGAAAUAUCACCACUGCAGAUGGGGCAGUUAAAAAUCGUUUAGGUAUAUUAGCAGCUGCUUGUGCAAGUGGGAAGGUUCUGAUUCUACCUAUUUCUGAACAAGAGUUGCUAAAAACUGAGGUAGAACACAAUGAUAUGACAUCGGGGAAAAGUAAUUAUAAUUCUGCCAGUAUCAUAUAUAAAGCCAAUCCAUCAAUGAUUCUUAUACCUGCUUUUGGUGAUAAAUUUGAUGUUGAAAAUUUGUUUGGUCAAUGUUUAAGUGUUGAUUGGUCUCUUCAUGACGGGGCUGAAUGGGUCGCAGGGGGGUUUUCAAAAGGUUUAGUUGCUUUGUGGAAAGUAAAGGACCCUUCGAAAUUGCUCUUUACCGAAGAUUUGAACAAUGGGCCUUCCACUCUAGUUGCUUGUCGAACUUUUCAUGCCCAUAUUAAAUCUGUGAAAAGUGUUCACUGGUGCCCGUUUGCUUCGGUUCUUGCGACUGCAGGUUUGGAUCGGGCUCUUAAAUUUUGGAAUCCGGAAUACACAGAGGCUCCUAUCAUGGAGUCUAAAACUAAAGGAAGUCCAUACACACAAAUAUGUUGGCCUAGGUUAUGGUGUGGGGUAUUUGUGGCAACAGAUGAAGUUUUUGCGGCACCACAUUGCCAUGGUGUCGCAUAUCAUUGUUUGAUGUCACGAAUGCCUUACAAUACAAUUCCUUUUAAAUCAGCAUGCUGGUCUGUGUCAAGCUCUGAUUGGAUGAAUUGUGUCGUGGGCGGGGAUGCAACCGGCCAAUCAGUGAUUAAUUCUUGUAGCAAUUGGAGUCGAAAAGUUAAGAUAUCAAAAGCAUUUCCAAGAAUUGCGCUUUUUUCAACAGAGGUAGAAUGGCAGGAUUUUUCUUCGCAGGAAAAUGGCGACGCUGACUCAUCUCAGAGUGACAAUGAUACCUCCAUGGUGAUUCAAGAAGUCACUGAAAACUCAGAAAAAUCUACAAGUAAGCAUAUAUCAAAGCAGAACGGUACAUCUUCGAAUCUUUCUGAAACAAAAGACGCAGCGGGUUGUAAAGGAAAUGAAAUUGCUGUACGACGCAACGUGCCGAAAAACAGUUGCACAGCCCCUUACAAACUCAAAUUUUUUGACACCAAUAUGAAUGAUGUCAAACACACAGAAAAAAGGAAAUGCCAUAAAAAUGUUCGCAUUCACGAAUUUUUCCCUGCAACAAAUUGUAGGCAUCCAUUAGUUGCUUCUGUAAACACAGUGUCCUGGAACCCUAACUUAGGAAGUCAUACUUGGAUAGCCUCCGGAAUGGAAUGUGGACUUGUUCGAUUGCAUUGUGUUGAUACAAUGCAUUCAGAUGCAAUGGAAACUGCCUAUCAUAACUUGUUUUCCUAAUUAGUUUAUUGAUCCUCUUGCUCAGAAUAAGGCUUUAAACGAGAAUAUCGGUCGAAGACCGAAGACUUAUUGAUAGAAAGUUAAGGGAUACCCCAAAACAGAAACUGCGGUUUCAGUUCAUCCGCUCUUAGUCCAUAGCGACAACCUGUGUCCAAUAACUCGCUAAUUAUAUGACAUAAUUCAUCCAAAAUCAAUAGGCGUCUGGUCCGCGAUAUGAUGAAUGCAUGUGCGAAAUUUGGAGCAGAUUCAACCUCGCUUUCGUGAGAUAUCGCAUGCAUAUAACAGACAGACAAAUCCUUAUCAACAUACUUAUCGAGAUCGAUAAAGUAGUAAGCGUUCAUCACAACAUGGCGAGUCUUUCAUGGUCCAGUCUUGUUCAGGUCCACUCAAGCUGAAUUCUCUCCCCAUUCUGAAUCUAGAUCCCAAAAACUUCACAUUCAGACGCAAUGGAUACUGCCUAUUAUAACUUGUUUUCAUAAUUAGUGUUUUCUGUAUCCAGGUUAAUUUUAAUACAAUUUUCACAAUGGACAAAGCUUUUGUCCCAAUAAAUAUUUUAGAAUCCAGAUCACAAAAAAUUGAUUUGAAAAUCUUUAAUCCUUUUGAAAUUUUCUGACAACCAUGUGAAAUGCGAUCAAUCGGCGAGUUCAACUGUGCUACUUCUGUAUUCCCCGCUCUUUUGGUGCUAUUUUAUAUGAUUAUUUAUAUGCUAAUGCUUGUAGUUUCAAAAAUUUUACUCUUCCAAAAUAUCAGCUUUUGAAUGAAUCCCAUUUCUAUAUUCCAUAUUUUUAAUUAAAUUCGUUUAUGAGGCAGUUUUUAGAAUUUUCUCAUCCGUUGCUCAAUAUUUUGCCUCUGUUACCUAGCUAGGACUACUAAGAUUAUGAUUGAAUUCUAUUCCCAGAGUGUUCUCUUUUUCUGAAUUUCAAGUUUGAACGAAUAACUGAUCAACCAAUUCCAUGGUUCUAGGAAAAUUCGCUGUAGGAAAUCUCGCCACGGGAAAUUUCGCUGUAUAGAAAAAAUCAUCGCAUGAAAAAUCACUGCAAGAGCAUUUUUCUGUAAAACAAGUAAUUGUGAAAAAACGUUUUUGAAGUACUUUUUUAUUUAAAAAAAGAUCCACGUUUUAUGAGCAUACCCUCUAACCCUAUGUGGCGAAUUUUCCGGACAAGAUUCCCAUACCCGACAUGGUAAACAGAGGACUGAUUAAUUUUCCAUACGAUUUAGCUGUCAUUCCAUUCUGGGAUGCAUUAUAAAAUUACUUUCCUUUAGUAAAUGUCAUUGCCCUCUGGUUCAACAGCACGAUAGUAAAACUUCUUGUCUCUUUUUUGUCCUAACCUUAAAAAAUCCAAUCAAACAUCAAACGGCAGCAUUCUCUCUCCUAUUUAAAGAUAUCAUUAUUCUGACCAGUCAUGCUUGAUUGAUUUCUAUUUGACAUUAGAUUAGUAUUGGUAUGAUUUGACCUAUCUGGGAAAAUUAUUCAAGCAUAAAGCUGCAGCAUUGACAGUCUCAUUCCGGGACACAAUUAUUACAGGGAUAGCUCAACGUGCUAAGCGUUAGGAAUACGCUCGCCACCGCAUCUCUGAUUCCUUUGUGUGUGUUCGCAGGUUUGAAACCCAUGCGGGGAUGGUUAUUGUGGACUCCUCGUCGCCGUAGGGUUGUUCACGUAAAUCCUAUCCUGACCAGCCAUGCUUGAUUGAUUUUUCACCAAUACAGACCAGAACUUGAUCCGAAUAAUGUUAUUAAAGCAUCAUCUUUUCUCAAACGAAUCAUUCAUCUCAUUUCUUUACUUGUUUUUUAUAUUUUUACUUACUCAG